UGUGUGUGUCUGCAUGCGCACGUGUGUGUGUGUGAGAGAGAGAGACAGAAAGAGGCAGACAGCCAGACCGUGUGUGUGUACAUGUGGAGCAAGUAGUUUUGUGUAAGCAAGAUUCACACCGUGUGUGCUAAGUGUGUGUGAGACAGGCUGUAUACCGACUAGACCGUCCUGUGUGUGUGUGUGUGUGUGUGUGUGUCUGAGAGAGAGGUCGAGUCGAGUGGCAUGGUUACCCUGCAGUCACCCACCAUGCGAUCAUGGGUCUCCUCUUCUCCCAUGAAUGUGACAAUGACAGUGCGGUGACACGGAGAGGAGCGUCGUCCAUGGAGGAGGAGGAGACAGGGUCCUCCAGGGAGAGGGAGAGGGUGUCAAGGCAGGAGGCCCUGAGGAGACAGAAGGCCCAAUUCCUCAAGGCACUGCAGGAGAACGACGCCCAGGAGUUGAAGAGACUCCUCCACACCACCACCAUCGACCUCGACACCGUCUUCGAAGUGGAGGACCAGAAUAUGGUGCUGGCCUCCUAUAAGCAAGGCUACUGGUUGCCCGGCUACAAGCUGGAGAAGUCGUGGGCGAUGGGUAUCCACGUGUGCAUGAUGUACAACUCUCUGGAGUGUGCAUUGUUGCUGCUGGAGAGAGGCGCGUCCCUAAACCGCAUGCCCAAUGGCAAGACGCCGCUACACGUGGCCUGCGAGGUGUCCCAUGGCGACUGCGUAGCUCUGCUUCUGGAACAUGGCGCCAAGACAGACCGCGUCUCCCUCAGCGGUCACGUCGCCCUCCAUUACUGCAUCACCAAGCAGUCACUGGACUGCGCCAGGCAUCUCUUACUCAAAGGUGCUGAGGUGAACUUUGUCAGCCAGAACAAUGACGAGGACACACCACUACACACAGCCGCUCGCUUCGGCCUGGCGGAGAUGGCGACCUUCUACCUGAGUCACGGCGCUGACAUCAACAAGGGCAACGCUCGCAUGGAGACGCCGCUCAUCAGCGCAGCAUACUGGGCCUUCUGCUCGCGAGAACAGAUCUACAGCACUGACCACCAUCUGGUGUGUCGCAUAUUGCUAGACCAUGGGGCCCAGCCGAACCUGAAGGAGGAGGACAAAAAGACAGCGCUCCACAAGGCGGCCUGGAACGCUGACCACGUCCUCAUGGAGAUGCUGCUGACUGCCGGGGCCGAUGCCAUGGCCAUGGACGUCAACGGCUGCCCAGCCCUACAGUACAUGAUCAAGGUCACACAGGUUCGGCCAGCAUCCAUCCCUGAGGUGUGCUAUCAGCUGUUAUUGAACCAUGGGUGCGCCCGAGUCUACCCGCUGCAGUUCCACAAGGUACUACAGUCCUGUCAUGAGUUCCCCAGGGCGGUGGAGGUCAUGGUCAACUGCUACGAGCACAUCAAGUCCACCAGGAAGUGGAAGACGGCCAUCUCUGAUGAAUGCUACGAGAGACACAAGGACUUCUACGACUCCAUGUUUGAUGUGUGCUCCAACACCCCACGCAGGCUCACCCACCUCGCCCGCUGUGCCAUCCGCGCCACGCUGCAGGAGAGGUGCCAUCGUGGCAUCCAUCAGCUGGGCCUCCCGCCCCCCAUCGUCAGAUAUGUCCUGCUGGAGCCUGAGGGAGUCGUAUAUUGAAACGCACGCACACACACACACACACGCACACACACAGACUUGCACGCACACGGACUCACAUGCACAGGGAUGUACGUAGUUUGAAGUUGUGGGCCCGGGACAAAGUGAAAGCGAAAGCCCAUUGGGAAACUCCAACUCCCAUUGUCAUUGUGACACAGCACUCCACAGCACACAAGUGAACACUGCACACUGCACACAACGAAAUUGCAUUUAUGCCUCACCCGUGCAAGGGGGCAGCCCUCAGUGGCGCCCAAUGGGGAGCAGUGCGGUGGGACGGUACCAUGCUCAGGGUACCUCAGUCAUGGAGGAGGAUGGGGGAGAGCACUGGUUGAUUACUCCCCCCACCAACCUGGCGGGUCGGGAGUCGAACCGGCAACCUCUGGGAUGCAAGUCUGACGCCCUAACCGCUCACCCAUGACUGCCCAAAGUAAUCUUAAAGGCCCCCACAAUACAUAAGAUUGUAAUGGGGACCCAAAUCUGGGGUCCCUUUCUCCCUGGGCUUGAUCUACUGACCCCCUUGUCCUUUCCUGUCGACUUCCCUGGCUCCUCGAAUGCUCUGGGCCUCCUGAUACACACAUCCACAUCAUGACCAAAGACUGAAAACCCACCUGGGAAACUCCAACUCCCAUCAUCAUUGUGACACUGCACACAACGAAAUUGCCUUUAUGCCUCACCCGUGCAAGGGGGCAGCCCCCAAUGGCGUCCCAAGGGAGCAGUGCGGAGGUGGAAGGGGGAGAGCACUUCUUAAUCGCUCCCUCCCCACCAACCUGCCAGGUCGGAAGUCAAAUUGGCAACCGUUGGGCUACAAGUCUGACGCCCUAACUGGUUACCCAUGACUAAGGGAGUUGUAUAGUUCAGUGUUUCUCAACCUUUUUUUUAGGCGAGGCACCUUUCAAUUCAUGAACAAUUUCAAGGCACCUCAAACCAACAAGCCAUAACAUGGCAUCGCAUCCGAUACCACACAAGCUUAGAAAAGUAACACAUUUGGAGACGUCACACGACCUACGUUCGAAGUUACAGCUGACUGGGGCAACCUGUAUUUACUUUAUUGUGCGUAAAUGGCAGAUGAAAGAUUCCACUGACUAGCAUUAACUUAUCAAUUUAGACAAAUAUGUAUUAUAUUACAGAAUUUAUUCAUCAGCCACGUUUCCGCGGCACCCCUAAGGGUGGCCCGCGGCACCCUAGGGUGCCCCGGCACCCCUGUUGAGAAACACUGGUAUAGUUGCACACAGGCAUAAAGUGUUGCUGCGUCAAAUUGUGGGGGGCUCUAAAAGAAAUCAUCCUAUGUUAUGCCCCUGGGGGGAUCCAGAGGACCUCCUAAAUUAUUGCCCUGCAGUUCCAGCCAACAAUAAUCACAACUUGCACUAAUGUAUCAAAUGCAAAGGCAGAGAUACGGAGUGGGAGUGAACUUAAAAUGCUUCUUCAGCCUGUAUCCAAAAAACCUCACCGCUGGAUCUCUGCCAAGAAGUAAAAAGACACAGGGACGGAUUAUGAUUUCAUGGGCCCCUGGGUCAGACAACAAGAAAGGCCCGCCUCAGUGGGUUUUGCUAGUUCACAUAACGAUUUAGGAUUUUAGGCCAGCCCAAGUGUGAGAUUCUAUGUUGUCAAGAAGGUGCAGGAUUGUCUCCGACAAAACUUGAAAAUACAGUUGAUAAAAGUGUGGUUUUAAUAUACAGUAUUAUGAGAAUGAAACUAUAGAGGCUAUUGCUUCAGGGCCGCCUGGACUCUUGGGCCCCUGGACCUGGGCCCGGUAGGCCCGUGCAGUAAUCUGUGUCUACACCAGUCGUUCCCAAACUUUUUUCAGCUUUUUUCACCGGACCCUUAGUUUGGGAACUUAAAGAGGUAUGCCACUAUUUUGGGGCU